AUGGCGAGAAUUAAAUCUCCUUUCUUUUGGUUGCUGUGGGUGUUUCAAGCCUUUGCCCUCGUUGCAACACACCCUCACAACCAUGCCCACCACGCCCACCAUCGGUUCUUUCAAAACCACACUACCAUUUCGCAAAGAGAUAAUAAAGUACCACUGCGGAUUCUGCCGCUCGGGGCCUCCAUUACCUGGGGCCUUCUAUCAGCCAGCGGCAAUGGAUACCGCAAGCCUCUGCGUGAUGCUUUACGGUCCGAUGGCUGGGAGGUAGACAUGGUGGGCACCAAGACGAACGGUAACAUGUUUGACAAUGAGGUUGAAGCCCAUUCGGGUGAUACCAUUGAUCAAGUCAAAGCGGCUGCGCAAGGGUCUCUGAAUUAUCGUCCUAACGUAGUGCUCAUCAACGCCGGGACAAACGAUUGCCGUCUCAAGAUUGACAUAGUAAACACGGGACAGCGCAUGAGAUCUUUAAUCAACAGUCUGCUCGCUGGUGAUGGCAUGGAAAAAACGACAAUCAUCUUAUCAACCCUCAUACCCUCGACGGAGGGCAACACAGCCACUUACCGCCCUACUGUCAAUAUGCAGUUCCGUCAACUCGUCCGCGAAAUGCAAGAUGACGGGGUCUCCAUCGUCCUUGCCGAUAUGGAUCCAGAGUACCCUUCCAAUGGAAAUGGGUGGAUAGCGUUCCCUGGCGACUUCGACCACAAUGGCGUCGUCGACAGCACGCACCCUAAUGAGCAAGGGUAUGCCAAGAUGGCAUAUGUAUGGUACAAGGCUAUUCAGGAAGCUGACAAAAAGGGAUUUUUGAAGACACCGAAUGAAAUGGAUAGUACAGGUGGAUCCUGUGAGAAGCAGUAUGGAGACGGGGUGUCAGCUGGAGGGCUGACACAAAGAGGCAGUGGAGAGGAUGAUGGUAUAUACUAUCAUUCUAGCGAGUCCAAAGGAAAGGUCUUGUCAAUCAUUAGCGAUUAUGAUCGUGACCAAUGGUUCUUCGCGCGGUUGUUUCGACGUGACCGGGAUGAUCUGCUCGGUUGGUUUCAACAGGAUGACGGCUCUGUCGCGUAUGGCACUUGGAGGAAUACAGGAAAGGAAUCAGAAAUGUUUGUCAAGAUUGCCGAUACGACAGUGGACGACAAUUGCAUCCAACCCGGUGUUAAUUUCAUUGAUAUUAAUGCCGAUGGCUUAGAUGAUUUUGUCUGCAUUGGAAAGGAUGGCACGGCCUAUGCCUCGAUCAACCAGGGUGAUGGUACAAACUCCAAGCCCCCAACUUUUAAAUCCAUUGGCAAAAUCAAAGAACCUGAAGGCUAUCCUCAAGCACGAGUCCGGUUAGCUGAUAUUGACGGCGACGGACGUGCCGACUACUGCGUGAUAGCAGACAACGGUGACACUACCUGCUGGCGCAAUGGGUGGAUUGACGAUGUACCUAAAUACUGGCAGGCACUGGGGAAGCGAUUUACUGGAAAGGGCUUUGGGGAUGUCAAUGGUGUGCGGUUUGAGGACAUUAACGGCGACGGGCGCGAUGACUGGCUCUGGCUUGAUGAUGUGGGCCAGACUACAACCUACACCAAUUCACGCAGCUGUCAAAAGGGCAAGGAAGGAGAUGGCCUGAACGUCGCGUGGCGUCAGGGCUUCGCUAAGGGAGCUAGCUCUGGCCCGACGCAUUUCGGAAUGAGCGGCUAUGGGGAUGAAGGACUGCGCAAGCGCGUUCAUUUUGCCCGUGUAUAUGGAGAGCCCCAGGACUUUGGCCUCCUUGGAAGACAGGACUACGUGUUCAUGGAACAUGUCAAGGAAGAUGAUAAGCAUCGGUUUAACAUGCGUGUGUGGAAGAACACCGGUCACGGAUCCACCAAGCUCCGCGCCGAUGGCAACGCUUACUGCAACAUGCUUGGACAUUCCAAUGGAAUGAUGGACUAUGUAUGGAUCCUGUCGAAGGGAGACAUGCACAUUUAUGAGAAUCAGGGAAUGACGACAGUCGAGGAUGAUGGCCCAGGCUUCUGGGGCGCCAACUAUAUGAUAUUUGACCCGUCUACGCAAGCAAUUGGAAAGGAUUUAGACCGUCGUGAUCUACAUCUCACUGAUUGGGAUGGCGAUGGAGCCUGUGACAUUGUAUGGACAGAUCCUGACAAUGACAACCGCGUCAAGCUGUGGCGCAACCGUAUCAAAGAGACAGGGCACUUUGAUUGGGAAUACCAUUCUGACCCGGCCCCAGAUCUCCACUGCCCUGAGAAACGUGGAAUUGGACUUUUUGAUCGCCCAGUUCAAUUUGCCGAUAUUUCAGGCAACGGCAAAGGCGAUUACAUCUGUUUGGAGAAGGAUGGCCGAUCAUGGGGAUAUGUGCACAACGAGGUUGGAACCUGGGAUCUCGUUGACCAGUACAAAUUCUCCGAAGGAAAAGACCGGGCCAAUCUUCAAUGGGCAGAUGUGGAUGGCGACGGCAAAGCGGACAUGAUCCACACGAAUAAGUUCAAUGGCGACGGUACUGUAUGGCUGAACAAAGGCCGCAAGGAUAUCGGUAACUCGCGGUACGAGUGGGACCCUGUUGGGGUGAAAUAUCAGGGUGCAGUUGCCGGAUCUUGCACUUACUUCCCCGACCUUGACGGAAAUGGCCGCGCAGACAUGCAUUCAAUCCUUUAUACGUGGUACAAUACCGCCAAAACGUGGUUCAGCCGUUGUGGUCGUCCCAACAGGGUUGGCGAUGACGGCGUUGUUUCAGACCCGCAUCUCCCUAUAAUGCCCGAUGGAGAGGAUGAUAUCGGCGAUGGCAAUGAUGUAGAUGACGAUGAGGAUACUGACGGCCUCGACGACGAUGUGUUUCAUUGUACAAACACCUACAAAACGAUCGACGAUAUCUCUGACGACAUUGGAUAUCGGUGUGGACCAAUUUUCCUACUGGAGACAAUGCAAACGAUGCUUGAGGAUGAUAUCAAGAAUUACACUGAGCUUCUAGCUGACGGCUACGACAAAAAAUUCAAAACAUACUCCAAGGCUGUGGUGGAAGGAGCCCCAACUAUCAUCCAUGACUUCUAUAUGGACCAUGGCAUUGAUUACUUCACAUGCAUUGUGGCAGAAUGGCAACCGAUGUGCGCUAAAUGCGGAUUGCAAUAUGGCAAAACAAGCCCUGUGUGUCGUUAUUGUGUGAUUUUUGAAGAUGAUAUUGGAUUUUUGAACGUUUCGGAGCCGUGUCCACCGGAUACUUCCUUGCGCGCAAGCACCAAGGAACGACCCUUUCAUCAGACCACUUACUGGAGCUUCCAAAAUGAAGGCAAGGAAGAUCAGUUCUACGCGGAUGUGCUGGCGGAGACGGGCAUACCCCGUGGGCGGACGUAUUUAGGCAUGUAUGAUCACCAAAGCAACAAACAGGAUUGCCAUGAUUACCCACGCUGCUACCAAUACGGAUGGGAAAUCGGUGUGCCUAUGAUCAGCAACGGGUACACUGUCGAUGAUGUGGUCGAUCCCAAGGAAACUAUCUCCGAAUUAUUGGGCAAAACAAAGGACUUGCGCAAGGGCCUCGAAAUGGCCAUCAUAUCACAGCGCAUUGAUGCACGCCGUAGCUGGACUGGGUCGGAUAUGGUCGAUGCCGUCUCAGUGCCCAUCUUGAUGAUUCACCAAGCCAUUGCGUCAAUGCAACAAGUUGUCGACACUGCGGAAGAAAUUGACAGAGAAAACCGCAAGCGCCAGAUUCUGCUCUUUCUCUCAGCGUUCCUCUUCCUCAUUCCCAUCGGUGGUGAAGUCAUCGGCGCGAUUAGUGGACUUGCUAGUAUCGGGCGAUUUAUCGCCCUAGCUGGUGAAGCCGCUCUGGUCGGUAUCGAUAUCUAUUCUGUCGUUGAUGAUCCUUCCUCUGCCCCCUUUGUUAUUUUCAGUUAUAUCCUCAGCGCAGGGGCUCUUAACGAUGCCGUCAAGGUCAACAAGGCUGCGAAGGCAAAACGUGGGAUGGGCGCAAAGGACUUGGCGAAGCUUGGAGCAGACUUUGAGAGAGGGAUGACCAAAAUUGAUACGAUCAUGAGGGCGUGCAAGGCGUGA